GUCGUGCCCCGCGCGGAAGGCGUUGCCCCGCCCCGCCCCCUGGCCGUGACGCGAGCCGGCUCUAUGGCGACGCGGUGACGUCGCGGGCGGGGUGAGAGGUCACGGCGGCGGCGCCGGUGCGAGGGUAGCGGAGCCGCGUCCCGGCCCCGGUCAUGGCGGCCCGGCGGCUCCGCGGCGCCCUCCAGCUCGGGGCGCGGCAGCGGCUGCGGGCAGCGGCGGUCCCGCCGGGCAGGCACGCUGCCCUGUGUGGCCUCCGGCUCAGCCGGUUCGGCCGGCCAGCGAGCGGCACCGAGUGGGAGCCCCGGACCCAGCCCAGCCGGUCCUUCCUCAACCUCACCAACAAGCGGAAGGAGUACUCGGAGCGGCGCAUCAUCGGGUACUCCAUGCAGGAGAUGUACGACGUGGUCUCCAACGUGGAGGACUACAAGAACUUCGUGCCCUGGUGCAAGAAGUCGGUGGUGGUCUCCAAGCGGACAGGCCAUGUUAAGGCCCAGCUGGAGGUGGGCUUCCCGCCCGUGGUGGAGCGCUACACCUCCAUCGUCACCCUCGUCCGCCCCCACCUCGUCAAGGCCGUCUGCACGGACGGGCGCCUCUUCAACCACCUGGAGACAAACUGGCGCUUCAGCCCCGGCAUCCCUGGCUACCCCCGCACCAGCACCGUGGAUUUCUCGAUCUCCUUCGAGUUUCGCUCCCUGCUGCACUCCCAGCUGGCCACUGUCUUCUUCGACGAGGUGGUCAAGCAGAUGGUGGCAGCCUUCGAGCGCCGGGCAGCCAAGAACUUCGGUCCCGAGACCCGCAUCCCCCGGGAGCUCAUGUUCCACGAGGUCCACCAGACGUGAGGGUGGCCCAGCCACCACGGACUGUGCCAGGGCCCCGGGCCCGCCUGCCCUGCGCCCACCCUCCUAAAUAUUUAUUUGAGUGCAUCCCUGCUGCCAUUGCCUCAACUUCCCUCCCGGCCCCAGGGGCGAGAGGCGAUGCUCCUGCAACCGCGGAGGCUGCCGUGGGCCCCCAGCCCCACCGCAACGCCGUGGGAGCCGCGUCCCAGCGCUGGACUCCCUGGUUUUGUAGCUGAUUUUUGGUUUUAAGUUUUGUUUUAGUUCUUGGGAGCUCUUUCCCUGCCCUGCAACCUCCCCUUUUGUUCCUUUUUAACUCCUCUACAAGGCUGGAGGGUCCCAGUGGCGGAGCAGCUCCUGCACUGGCUGUACCCAGGCCCUGCCGCCUCGCUCCGGGAGAGCGGGAGGAAGGUGGGUGUUCGCUGCCGAGGGGAGCCCGGCCAGAGCCUGCUGGGGAAUGUGAGGGGUGGGAAAGGCAGCGAGCAGCCGGGGAAGGUCGGGGUUCCGGCUCUUCCAGGAACAAAAGGGAAGGAGAUCGCACAGAGAGGAAACCCUGGCGGGGGCGGAGCUGCCACCCGGCGCCUGGCCUGCUGCCACCGCGGCCGGGCACCGGCGCCCAGCCGAGCCCUGGCAUCGCCCGCUCCGCUGCCAGAGCUGACGUCGCACAGUUUGCACAAGUCACACGCACAGGGCGGGGGAUGGGGCGGCUGGUGCUGCCCACCCCCCCACCCCCCCCAUCCCCCUGCCACCCCCAGCCCCUCGCAGCCCCAGCGCCCGCCGCAGGCCAAGGCGCCGGCACCGCAGGGACCAGGACGGCCCCGGCCCGUGACCCCGCCACGUUCCAGCUCACCUUUCCUUACGUUUGGUGGGGGGGGACGUGGGAGCCUCCAGCCCCACCAGGCCAAGAUGCCCAGUCCGGUCCGUCACUGAGGGCACCGUGGCCUUGCUGCCCAAGAAGGGACUUUUACAGGCCAAUAAAGAGCAUUUUCCAAGGGUGA